AUAUCGUGGCUGCCAUGCCUUGUUCAUCGAUCAUUAUCAUCUUCCUCUUCCAUGUCUCGAUUUCUCUCAUUAUUUCAGAUGCUUACACUGAUUUCAUUAGCUCAUGUCCCGCCGUGAAAUGCAGCCUCGACGGUCCAACCAUUCAAUUUCCCUUCUAUUCCCAAGGCCUACAGAAUCAAAACUGUGGCCUUCCAGGUUUCCGGCUGUCCUGCAACCAGAAAAACAGAACCGUAAUUCAGUUCACGGAGUAUAAUUCAGACGAAUUGGAAGUGAAGUCAAUUUCUUAUGAUGAGAAGAAACUGAUCCUUAUUGACCCAAGAAAUUGUGUUCCUCAAGUCUUCUUAAAUCUUGACCACUUAAUCACCUCCACUCCUUUCAAGUAUUACUACGUCACUUACAAUUUCACUUAUCUGAAUUGUUCUGAAAAAGUUUCUAGUUUUCAAGAGGAGGUCCCGUGCCUGAGCGGCUCCGACCAUCAUGUUUACAUGAUCACGGAGUCGUCGGUUGUUCCUUCAUCUUGCAGGAUUUUGAAGACCGUCGCUAGCCCUUUUUCUUACAGUCAUUAUCUAUCAGACAACAGUUUCGGCCUCCGAUUAACUUGGGACCUCCAAGAUGAUAUCGUCUCUGCCUACCAACAUGAAAUUGUUGUCACAAAAGGGAAGAACUUGGGAGUAGUAAUUUUGAUGGCAGCAGCACUGGCACUGAUUUGUUUGAAGUAUUACAGCCGUUCCAAGAGAGAUUUGAUAGUAGAGGAAUGGAUGAAGAUGGUGAAAAUGGAAUGUCAAGCAACGGAUCACAUUAACAAGAUCAAGGAGCCGGCGGUGAAGAUAACAAUGCAUCAUAAUUCCCACACGGAAAUUCCGAUUCUUAGUAGAAUUUUUUAAGUAAUAUGUUACAGGAUUAUAUUUGAAUAAACAAGGUAGCCUUGAUGUCUAAAAACUUAAGAUGGACAUUAGAU